GAUUCUUGUAGCACAAUUUCUAAAACUAUUAAUACGUAUAGCAAAACCACUCACUGAGUUUGCAAAACUAAAAGCACAAACACUGCUUUGCACUCAGUUUGCAAUUUUGUAACACACACUUUGCAAAACUGUAAGCACAAUUCACUGCACAACACUCUUUUUGCAGAACUGUAAACACAACUCACUUCUUACACUCAAUUACCAAAUUUCCAACACACUCCUAGCAAAAUUAUACACAUGUAUGGCUAUCAUUAACACUAUUUUGCCAACUGUCUGGCACACUUUCACAUGUGAAAACUGUUUUAGAUAAUUAGUUCACUUUGCAAUCAGCCUAAGUAGUAUAAAUAAGCCACAGGUAAGUUGUCUGUGUGGAGUACAAUGGAAGGAGCAGUAAGAAUGAGAAGAGUGAGAAUCAGAGGAGGCAGAGGGAGAGGACGUGGAGGUGAAGAAGUUGGAGGAAGAGGACGUGGAGUUGAAGAAGCGAGAGGGUUAGAGGAAGUUAGAAGAAGAGGACAAGGAGGAGCAAGAAGAGGACGAGGAGGCAGAGGGAGAGGACGUGAAGGUGAAGAAGUUGGAGGAAGAGGACGUGGAGUUGAAGAAGCGAGAGGGUUGGAGGAAAUUAGAGGAAGAGGACAAGGAGGAGCAAGAAGAGGACGAGGAGGGGAAAGAGGAAGGGUAAGAAGAGUAAGACAUAGAAUAACUGAUGACAUAAGAGCUACAAUAGUGGACCAUGUCAUCAACCAUGGGAUGACCCUGAGGGAAGCUGGCCAACGGGUUCAGCCUAAUUUGAGCCGCUACACUGUGGCAAGCAUCAUUAGGACAUUUCGAAAUGAGAAUCGGUAAGUACUUUGUAGCACUGCCAUACUCUAAUGAGAAACACAAUAGUACCAUACAUGCAAAAAUACUGAAAUUGUUACUUUACAGAAUUGCUAGAAGUCCAGAUGUUGGGGGCAGAGGAAGAAUGUUCACUCCAGAGCAAGAGACCCAUAAAGUGAACAUGGUGACUGCGCGAAAUACAGCUGAUAAUGACACCAUUUUUCAAAAUAUACACAGUGUAAGCAUUUCUGCACUAAGUUGUGUACUUGCGCGCCACAGAAUAAGAAUGAAGCAAAUUUACAGAGUUCCUUUCAAGAGAAACACAGAACGUGUAAAGCAACUGCGAUAUGACUAUGUGCAGAGAGUGAUGGAACUAGAAGCAGAUGCCAUGGGACAUGAGCUACUUUUUGUAGAUGAGGCCGGUUUUAACCUCAGUAAAACCAGGAGACGUGGCAGGAACAUUAUUGGACACUGUGCCAUCAUCAAUGUCCCAGGACAACGUGGUGGUAACAUAACCAUGUGUGCAGCUAUAAGCCAAAAUGGUGUUGUUCACCAUCAUGCAACCAUAGGCCCAUACAACACUGCACACAUUAUUGGAUUCCUGGACACACUACAUGACAUGCUCACUGUUCAGAGACCAGAGCAUACCCGAUAUGUUAGUUUCCAUAGGGCUGCUCUGGUCUGCAACUGGUUUACAGACCACCCAUUUUUCAUGGCACUCAACCUCCCUCCAUACUCUCCAUUCUUAAAUCCCAUCGAGGAGUUCUUCUCUGCCUGGCGCUCGAAAGUGUACGACCGUCAUCCUCAUCAACAGGUAGGUAGCCCUUUUACAGGCAAAGGAGGAGGCAUGUGGAGAUAUUGA